UGAAAUUGUCGAAAAGGAAGUACGAAUUCGGCAUGUCGAAGGCGCCGGAUUCCUCCGCCACACCUCCGCCGCCGCCUCCAUGGAUCGAACUGCCGGAGGAAUUGACGGCGAAUAUCCUGCAAAGGUUGCACGCUGAAGAGAGACUGGGGAUCGCGCAGCUAGUGUGCAGUACAUGGUGGAGAGUCUGCAAAAAUCCCGCCAUGUGGCGCGUUAUUGAUUUGGACUUACGACGUUGCGAGGGCGUAGUACUAUUUGACUCCAUUUGCUGCGGCGCUGUGGAUCGUAGCCAGGGACAGUUGAUCGAGCUCAAGGUUAUCAAUAUCGAUGAUUAUUUUGGGUUUCUAUACUACGCCGCCAAGCGAUCAAGUCAGCUUCGAUGCCUUACACUCGCAGGGUAUGAGCAAUUGGAAACUGAUUUGACUCGUAUAAUUGAAAAACUCCCACAACUGGAAGAGUUGCACCUUAUCAGGAUGCCAUCACUCACUCAUAAACAAUUUGCAACCAUUGGAAACUCUUGCCCCAUGUUGAAAUCACUUACAUAUAACCAACAUUGGUACAUGCCUUCAUUAUCUGCAGAUGAUGAGGAUUGCCCAGAUGUAGAUUUCUGCACUAUGCAUGCUAUUGCAAUUGGAAAAAGCAUGCCUAAUCUGCGCCAUCUCAGACUUUGGGAACUGUAUAUGAGGAACAAGGGAGUGGAAGCGAUUCUCGAUGGCUGCCCCCACCUUGAAUCACUCGAUCUUCGAAAAUGCUCUGUUGAUCUAGACGAAGCUCUGUUUAACAGAUGUAUUGAGCAAAUAAAAGAUCUCAUACUCCCUACUGACGGUAACACUAGUGAUCCUGAUUUGCUUGAAGAUCCUGGAUAUGAAAGUGAGGAUGUCAUUACGACAUCGAAUUUGGCAGAUUUCUGUAGGCCUGGUUGGUCUGAUGACGGCUUCGAUGAUGAUGAUGGUUGUGGGGGAUUUGCUGGUUCUUACAAUUUCAAACCUUAUUAGAUGAUGGUUGUGGGGGAUUUUUGGCUUAAAUCUAUAUGGACAAAUACCACUCUUAACAUUUUAGUAGGCAUUCGUGUUGCUAGUUGAUUUCAAGUUGUAAGGCAGCAUUUUGGAGGUUUCAUUAUAUCUCCCCUUUUUGUUUGUUUAUCUCAAUGGAUUCUUUUGCUUGGUCUAUCUACGAGAGGCUCUAGGCAAAAGAUGUUUUGAGCAAAUAGAGUAUAUGUGGCUCCAUUCUGUUUCUAUCAGCUUUAUGGACUGGCUUAUGAAACCAUCUGAAUGGCAAAGUAACUAUGAUAUUGAUUCUGAUUA